AUGGGAUCCUACGCUCCCCCCCAACCCACCGGCAUUCAAACAAUUGAUAUUUCCAUCCUCAUUCAAAGCACCGACCCCGUGGCUCGCAAGGCAAAGGCAGAUGAGCUCGUGGAAGCCAUUCGGACCCACGGUGCCUGCGGCAUUGUAGGACAUGGCAUCCCCAUCCCACACAUCAGGGAGGCAUUCAACUGGACCAAACGCUUCUUUGACCUCCCCAAGGCCAUCAAGACCAAGGUUAACCACCCUGAUGGCAUUGUGCCUCACCGUGGCUAUUCGGGCAUUGGUAGGGAAAAGUGUCUCAUCUACACAGAAGAAGAGCUUGAAGCCAUGGGCGGCGAGCUCGCAGAAGAAAGCAAAAAGCCUCUGGACUGGAAGGAGCACAUUGACAUUGGAAGCGACGAGGAGAAAAUGCACUACAGCCUGUGGCUCCCCGAGGAAGAUCUACCCGGGUUCCGCUCGUACAUUACGCAGUUCUACUUUGAAGCCGAAGCCGUCAGCCGCGCCGUUCUCAACGGCAUCAUCGACGGCCUCGAAGUCGAGCACGAGGCUGCCGAAUACUUCCGCUCCAUCCACACAGGCCACCAGAACGGUAUCCGCCUAGUGCACUACCCGUCGGCGCCCGAGAGCGAAAUCGAUCGCUCCCAGUCAACGUGGUGCCCAGCCCACACCGACUUCACAACCUUUACACUUCUCUUCCAAGACCACAACCAAGGCCUCGAGAUUGAAGACCGGCUCAACCCUGGGACUUACUUCCUGGCGGACCCCAGCAUCGAGGACCGGCUGUAUCUAACCAUGGGCGACUUUGGCGCAAUCUGGACAAACGGCCAUCUACCCGCGUCGAAGCAUCGCGUGGUGAUUCCGCGCGCGACCGACGGCUCAGGCAUCACGCCGCUUCGAUACUCGAUGCCGUACUUCAUCACGCCCACCGAGGACGGCAUCAUUGGCCCGCAGUACACGGGCAAGCUCGCCGGCACGCAAAAGGGCCAGUACGACACUACGACUGUGAAGAAGCAUAUUGAGUUCCGCAUGGCGUUCCAGAUUGCGCCUGCCGAGGAGGGUUAG